CAAAAAAUGACCUUAGAUCCUCUUUCACUAACAUCACUACAAAUCAUUGUAAUAAAAUGAAAAGAAAUAACAAAAAGGAAAAUUUAUUCUUGACGAACCUUAUUAUAACAAAAAAAUUUCUUCAGGAUCAUCCUGAAUGCAUUAUAUCUAAAUCAGACAAGGGAAAUAGCACGGUUUUCAUGUAUAGAGAUGAUUACACGGCAGCCAUGAGUGAAUUAGUGAAUGAUGAGGCUACAUAUACGAACCUUAACAAAGAUCCUACCUCUAUUUUUCAAACAAAAAACAACGAAUUAGUUAAGGACCUUUUCGAUCAACAUAUAAUAAAUGAGUCCACAAUGAAAAAACUUAAAACACAUAACUCUUUACCACCAAGAAUGUAUGGACUGAGAAAAACGCACAAACCUAAUCUCAGCAUGAGACCUAUUGUUAGUUGUUUGAAUUCCCCUACAUAUAACUUAUCCAAUUAUAUUCACCAAAUUUUAUCUCCUUGGACUACAACUUUUGACUACAAUGUGAAGAAUUCAUUUGAGCUUGUUGAACUAGUAAAAACAGUGCAGUUACCCCCAAACUAUGUUUUAGUGUCUUUGGACGUGGUCUCGUUGUUUACUAAUAUACCGAAGCAGUUAGUUUUGCACAUCAUAAAGGAAAAUUGGUCUCAUAUAUCAGCCUAUACAGAAUUAAGUAGAACUAUGUUAUGUAGGAUUAUAGAGUUCAUUUUUGAUUCCAGUUACUUUACGAUUAAUGGACGAAUAUACCUACAGAUUGAGGGCACGGCGAUGGGUAAUCCGGCGAGUCCUACCAUAGCCAACAUGGUGAUGCACUAUGUCAUUAGUAAAUGUGUUAAAAAACUUACAUUUAUAAUACCAAUUUUGAAGUUAUAUGUGGAUGAUACAUUCAUGGCUGUUCCUUAUGAUAAAGUCGAUGAACUUAUCAAUACGUUCAAUUCUUUCCAUAAACGAAUUCAGUUCACUUUAGAAAAGGAAACACAAAAUAGAAUUUCAUUUUUAGAUGUCCAACUUAUCAGACAAACCGAUGGAUCAAUCGCAACCAAUUGGUAUAACAAACCAACUUCUUCAAACCGGGUUCUCAAUUACCUUUCACACCAUCCACAAAUACAUAAGAUUAAUACGGUCAGGAAUAUGUUGUUCAGAUGUUACAGUCUCAGUAGUAAAGAAUUUUGGCCAGCUAAUGAGACUAAAAUAAAAAAUAUCUUAAAAAUUAACAAUUACCCCAGAAAUUUAGUGAACAAGACUAUACAUCUCUAUAAAAACAAAUUUGUUAAAACCACUAUACGGAACACGGAACAGCCCAAUGAUAACCAUAAUAAAAUCUAUUAUAAAUUUCCAUACAUUGAGGGAUUAUCAGAAAAGAUUGAAAUUUUGGUGAAAAAUCACUCAACUAACAUCAAGCUUGCUUUCUAUCCUCUAACAAAACUUGAGAUAAUAUACACCAAAUUGAAAGAUUCUCAUCCAAAACUAAUGACCUCUAAUUUGGUGUAUCAAAUUCCAUGUAGAGACUGCAACCUAUCGUAUGUCGGCAUGACCAGACAAUACCUGAAAAAUCGUAUACGUCAGCAUACAUAUGAUUGUAAAGAAAAUAAUAGAGACAAAAACGAAAAAACCGCGCUGGCUUUACACCACUUCCAAGAAAAUCAUAAUUUUGACUUUAAUGAUGUGAAAAUCUUGGAUAAAGAAAGCAACUACCACAAAAGGUGUAUUAGUGAAAUGAUACACAUUUUUAUACGUGACACAGUUAAUAUCCGAACAGAUACUCAAAAAUUGAGCAUAAUUUAUAAUAACUUAAUGAGAGAAAUUAAUAAAAAAUAAAUCUGCAUCGCGUCGUGGGAGUCGCACCGUAACAUGUUUGGGAGAAAAACAAGACACCGUCGAUCAGUACCAUAUUAGCCGAGCUAAGACCACAUACGGUUCAUAAUAAAUUUUAUAGAUCUGACGAAAUUAUACGCACAAUUCCGAUGAAAUUUAGCAAAUUCUACCACAUCGUAAUACAUUCGACCAAAUUGUCCUGAAGAAGAUCCCAAACAGGAUCGAAACGUCGACAAUUUGAAGAGAGUGUGUUAUUCACCCCAUUAGCAGUCCUAAAGCCAAUAUCCCUUUUCUAUAGUUAAAUGCAAGGACGAGAUUGUUGAUAUGGAAAUUA